AUGUUGGAUAUCGAUGAUAUAAUUGAAUUGGUUGAUUUGAUCGCGGAGAAUUUGUAUGAACACACCGAUGAGUUGCCAUCUAAGAUACUGUUGAAUAUUGUUGGUGAGUUACUGAAAAAAUUGGUUAACGAGACGGAAUAUUUGAAUGAAAGAGACUUCCCGAAGCGUUCAUCACCCACCCACCUGAGAGUCGUUAUACGACGACUCAUUCAAACGAAACAUUUGCCUGAAGAAUAUCGUUCACUAUGUUUUAUGCUAUCCGCGUUAUUAGUAUGUUUAUUGGAUUUUCACUGGUUCGAAUCUGAUCCUCAGUUUGUUGUUUUAUUAGCCGCAUUAACAGAUGUACAGAUAAGAAUGGUUCUUGACAACCCGAAAUUGAUAAAAAUUGAGGAAUUGAUAGAAUGUGCCACAUUGGGGGAAUCGUUCAUCGAGUGCGUUGAGCUGGGCGAAUUUCUGGAUGAUGAACGGUGA